AUCGAACUGGCGGGCGCAGCGUUUUGAAGUCAUCGGAUUUAUUGGAAUUAUGGGGUCGUCACCAGAGAUGGAGAGGUUUGGUUUGUCGGAUGUGGAAUAUUCGUUCAUGAUGGAUCCUUUAAAACGACGCCACAACCAAUCAAAGAAGCAAACAAUAUACGGGAUUUUUGCCUCAGACGAUUCUGAUUCAGAGCCUGAAAGAAGUGGCUUCGGUGGACGUGAAGCUGGUUUCAAGCGUAAGGGUGCCAAUUAUUCAGCACCGAUCACCUUUGUCAGUGGUGGAGUGAAGGUAGGGUAUAUUUAUGUUAAGGAAGGCUAGGUGACAAAUAAUGCGAUUCAUCGACGAGCUAACAAUUCAGUGUUCCCAAUUCUAUGCUGUGAAUAGAUUCUUAGGUGUUGCGAUCAUCUGAGAGGUUGUAAUAUUUACGUCGCUGCUUAGUUAUGAAUCGCCUUUUUGCUUCUUAUUACUUCAAGUUGUAUGAACUCAUUAGGCUCCAGUAAAGAUGCCUGGGAUAGAUAUACCCAUUGUUUAGCUAAUAUUUUAACAGUAAACCUGCACUGUCGAAAUGAUUAAGUAGUUCAGUCGUACGGAAAAUGUGCCAACUAUUUUUAUGCAUAAUAGCUGUCUAGAACAUGCAUUUGUUAUAUCAUGUUUGUUUCGUUCAUUUAUUCAACUAAUUUGCAAGUCUCGUUUGUCAUGUAAAAAUGUGUUUUCGAAGGUCCUAAGUAUUUUCUUCCAUUGUAGGCAGGUGCCGGUGCUUCGUCUGGUCCGAAAGAAAAUAACGAAGAAGUCGACCAGAUUUCGGAUGAUGAAGACGACAAAUCUGUCCUAAGGAGUUUGCGUCCUUAUCAUGAUUCAGACUCUGACUCACCAAAUUCAGAUAUUCAUCGUAAACCUGACAGACCUGCGGGCAUAUCCGUUGGGGCCGGUCGACGUGUAGCAGCAGCCGCUGCAGCGGCGAAGUCUGCGACCUCUGGUUUCGGGGCUUGGGAAAGGCACACAAAGGGUAUUGGAAUGAAGCUUUUAGAGCAGAUGGGUUACGAACCGGGCAAGGGUCUUGGUUCUGACGGUCGGGGUAUUGUUACUCCAGUUCAAGCUGUCCAACGAGUGGGGAAAGUAUCAGUAGGGUAUUAUGGAUCUGAAAAAGCUCCCGCCCCUCGUCGAGGAAAUGAGACUGUCGUUGAAGAUUCAGACUCUGUUGGGCCACGUUACAAGAAGAGGCCUGGGUUACAACGGAGUCAAGCAUCAAAGCCUAUACAGGAGUAUAAAACUACUGAUGAAUUAGUCGCAAAUCUUUGUCCUGCAACCCCUGCUACCGCUGUUAGGCGACACGGGAUUUUCUUAGAGAACAGUGAAUUGUCCAAAGUAAAGGUUAUCGAUAUGACAAGUAAAGAGCAAAAGGUGUACUCUGGUUAUGAAGCUGCUUUAUCUCGUGUUGUGCAAAGGCGCCGAAAACCGGGAGAUAAUUCUACUCUCUCAGAUGAAGAAAAUCCAGAUGUUGAUGGUAAACGAAUCGAAAAAAGGUUGGAAGGGAAUUUCUUUGAUUGUCCCUCUCUGCGACACAAUUUCGCCCUGAUAAUGCGGUCCGCUGAAGAUGAAAUUAGGAGGUUUGAUCGGGCUGCUAGAUUCGAGGAAGAUCGCGCAGUUGGUUUAGAACAUGAAAUCGAAAAAUUAACUGAGAUAGUUGACGCAGAAGAAUCUGAAGUGAAUCACCUCAAGAAAGCUUUAUUUUUAAUAAAGAAGUUUGAAGAUGAAGUUACGUUUCAUUCAGGCUGUGAUACGAAUUUAACAUCUGAAGCUAUUUCUUCUUGGGUAUCACUUAUACGUGAGGAAUGUGCUAACCUAGUAGAAAUGCCUGUUCUCAUGGCAUCGAUCGCUCGCCCAAUGUUGGAUAAUUCACUUGCUAGAUGGAAUCCUCUUAAGGAACCUACAUUUUGUCUCGAUUUGUUGAGACACUGGAGGGAUUUCUUUCAAAAUUCUUGCGCAUUUGAUGUUAUACUUGAAACAAGCUGGUUGAGCGCCAUACGCCGCACUAUUGUUAACGAAUGGAAUCCUCGAGACUGCGAACCUCUCCUGGAGGUUCUCGAAGCCUGGCAACCUUUGUUACCGGAUGAUAUGUUGCAGCACAAAAUACUCGACCAACUGAUUCUUCCAAAAUUACAGGAUGCUGUAUCCUCAUGGAAUCCGUUAACUGAUACAGUACCUGUUCACACUUGGUUGCAUCCCUGGCUACCUUGGUUUGGAGGAGUUGAACGUCUCUCGUGUUUGCAUGAUAUGGUUCUCCAGAAGUUAGGAAGUUGCCUUACCAACUGGCAUCCUAGUGAUGCAUCUGCCCGCUCAGUCCUAAUGCCUUGGCGAACCAUUUUCCCGGUCACGUCCAUGGCAGCUUUCUUAAGUCGCCAUGUGGUGCCGAAACUUGCUUUAGCGUUGCAACAGUUCCAACUUAAUCCCGCUAAGCAAAACAUGGAUCCGUGGAAUUGGGUGAUGCGCUGGGCAGACUUGAUUGGUCCGGCUGUACUUGUAAACCUACUUGAACAUCAUUUCUGGUCACGUUGGCUAUCAGUCCUUUCAAGUUGGUUGAAUCAGGGGGUAGAAGCUAGGCAACGUGGAGACCACACUGCUGCCGGUCAAGUUUAUCAAGAAGUUGGCCGUUGGUAUGCUGGUUGGAAAGGUCAGUUACCUCCUGAGUGUAUGGAAUAUGCAAGUGUCAAAGAUGCUUUGACAAAAGCUUUGGCAAUGAUGGAACGUUCAAUGAGAGGGUUGCCGCCUCAAGAACCUCAGGUCUCAAAGCAAGGUCAGUCAGAUGUGUCAAGGUAUCCUGCUGGCUCAUCAGGCGUACUCCCGCCAGCUUUUGGAUCAUCAACACCUUUGGUUGCUCCUCCUCCGACAACAUUACGUAAACAAGUUGAACAAGUAGCAGCGCAGCGCGGCUUCCUAUUCCAUCCUAUUUCAAACAGAAUGUUCGAAGGUCAACAAGUAUAUAGACUGGAAUCACUACAAGUGUUUUUCGACCGCAACGUCAGUUAUGUGUACAAUCCCAGUGAUGGUGGCUGGCUUCCUGUUACAUUUGCUGAGUUGAUGACCCGUGCUCAGUACUGACUUAAUCUUUUGACUUUGUAAAUUUCUUUUUCAAACAUUACUUCUCACAAGGAUAUUGUAUAUAGUUCCAGAUUUUCUUUGUAAUUUCUUCUGAGUGAUAUAAAAAGAUAAUUGCGAUAAGUUUUCAUA